AUGAGAACUUACCGGUACUUCUUGCUACUCUUGUGGGUUGGUCAGCCCUACCCAACUUUCUCAACUCCGUUAUCUAAGAGGACUAGUGGUUUCCCAGCAAAGAAAAGGGCCCCGGAGCUCUCUGGAAACAGCAGGCAUGAGCUGAACCGCUCGAAAAGGAGCUGGAUGUGGAAUCAGUUCUUUCUCCUGGAGGAAUACACGGGAUCCGGGAAUCAGUAUGUGGGCAAGUUACAUUCAGACCAGGAUAAAGGAGAUGGAUCACUUAAAUAUAUCCUUUCAGGAGAUGGAGCAGGAGAUCUCUUCAUUAUCAAUGAAAACACAGGGGAUAUACAAGCCACCAGAAGGUUAGACAGGGAAGAAAAACCUACUUACAUCCUUCGAGCUCAAGCUGUAAAUAAAAAGACUGGGAUUCCUGUGGAGCCUGAAUCUGAAUUUGUCAUCAAGAUCCAUGAUAUCAACGACAAUGAACCAAUAUUCACUGAGGAGGUCUACACAGCCACAGUUCCCGAAAUGUCUGAUGUGGGCACAGUUGUUGUCCAAGUCACUGCCACCGAUGCUGAUGAUCCAACAUAUGGGAACAGUGCUAAAGUUGUCUAUAGCAUCCUGCAGGGGCAGCCCUAUUUCUCAGUUGAAUCGGAAACAGGUAUCAUCAAGACAGCUUUGUUCAACAUGGAUCGAGAGAACAAGGAGCAGUACCAAGUGGUGAUUCAAGCCAAGGACAUGGCCGGCCAGAUGGGGGGAUUAUCUGGGACCACCACGGUGAACAUCACCCUGACAGACGUCAAUGACAACCCUCCCCGGUUUCCUCAAAGUACAUACCAGUUUACCACCCCUGAGUCUUCUCCACCGGGCACAUCAAUAGGCAGGAUCAGAGCCACGGAUGCCGACGUGGGAGAAAAUGCUGCGAUUCAGUACAGCAUCACAGAGGGAGAGGGGCUGGACAUGUUUGAUGUCAUCACUGACCAGGAGACCCAGGAAGGGAUUAUAACUGUCAAAAAGCUGCUGGACUUUGAAAAGAAGAAAGUGUACACCCUCAAAGUGGAAGCCUCCAACCCUCAUGUUGAACCCCGCUUUCUCUACCUGGGUCCAUUCAAGGACUCGGCCACGGUGAGGAUUGUGGUGGAAGAUGUAGAUGAGCCCCCCGUCUUCAGCAAACUAGCCUACAUCUUGCAAAUAAGAGAAGAUGCUCAGAUAAACACUGCAAUAGGCUCGGUCACAGCCCAGGACCCAGAUGCUGCCCGGAACCCUGUCAAGUAUUCUGUCGAUCGACACACAGAUCUGGACAGAAUAUUCAACAUUCAUUCUGGAAAUGGUUCCGUUUUUACAUCGAAACUUCUUGACCGAGAAACAUUGCUGUGGCACAACAUUACAGUGAUAGCAACGGAGAUCAAUAAUCCAAAGCAGAGCAGCCGAGUACCUCUCUAUAUUAAAGUUCUAGAUGUCAAUGACAAUGCCCCAGAAUUUGCUGAAUUCUAUGAAACCUUUGUCUGUGAAAAGGCAAAAGCAGAUCAGUUGAUUCAGACCCUCCGAGCUGUUGACAAGGAUGACCCUCAGAGCGGGCACCAAUUCUCUUUCUAUUUGGCCCCGGAAGCAGCCAGUGGCUCCAACUUCACCAUCCAUGACAACAAAGACAACACAGCGGGAAUCUUAACGCGGAAAAAUGGCUACAACAGACAUGAGAUGAGCACCUAUCUCCUGCCUGUGGUCAUUUCAGACAACGACCACCCAGUGCAGAGCAGCACAGGGACAGUGACUGUCCGGGUCUGUGCAUGUGACCACCAUGGGAACAUGCAGUCCUGCCACGCGGAGGCCCUCGUCCACCCCACUGGCCUGAGCACAGGGGCUCUGGUGGCCAUCCUGCUGUGCAUCGUGAUCCUACUAGUGACCGUGGCGCUGUUCGCGGCCCUGCGGCGGCAGCGGAAGAAGGAGCCGCUGAUCAUCUCCAAGGAGGACAUCCGCGACAACGUGGUCAGCUACAACGACGAGGGCGGCGGCGAGGAGGACACGCAGGCCUUCGACAUCGGCACCCUGCGCAACCCCGAGGCCAUCGAGGACGGCAAGCUGCGCAGGGACAUCGCGCCCGAGGCCCUCUUCCUGCCCCGACGGACUCCGGCGGCCGCCGCCCCGGCCCGGGACAACGCCGACGUCCGCGACUUCAUCACCCAGAGGCUCCAGGACCACGACUCGGACCCCACGGCGCCGCCCUACGACUCGCUGGCCACCUACGCCUACGAGGGCGCGGGCUCCGUGGCCGCCUCGCUCAGCUCGCUGGAGUCGGCCACCACCGAUGGCGACCAGGACUAUGACUACCUGAGCGACUGGGGCCCCCGCUUCAAGAAGCUGGCGGACCUGUACGGAGGGGCCGACAGCGACAAGGACUCCUAA